UGAAGAAAGUGAAGAGAGAGAAGGAAAAAAAGAAAAAAGUCCUGGAAACUCGAAUCCCAACAAAGAACCACCCGCCACAGAGUCUUCUCAUAGCUUGGCGGUUCUGUGUGACCCCUUUUCUCCAUUGUCAUCGAUUUUCCAUAUCCCAUUUUCUCUUUUACAGCAAACCCUAAUCCCUCAUUUUUGUUCCUUAAAAUCCCUCCAACGGUGGUUCCAUUUGGCGAAAGAUGGAACAACAAAGCACCGCUAUAAUCUUAGCUAGAGCCACGGAGUUGAGGCUAAAGAUUAGAAGCUCUGUUAACACAACCACCACCACCACUUCCGCGGUUACUUCCCGGGAUGAUCGCUUUUCUGUGGAUGAAAAUAAUGGCGUUGUUGGUUCGCGCCGGAGUGAGGCUGAUGCGAGCGGAGAGGCGGAGGAAGAUGAGGAAGCGGUGAGGCUUUUGAAUAUCUGCGAUGCACUUGAAUCUCUCGAGAAUCAGCUCUCUUCAUUGCAGGAUUUACAACAACGGCAAAGGUAUGAGAAAGAAGUAGCCCUUUCCGAAAUCGAACAUAGCCGCAAGAUUUUACUAGAUAAACUGAAGAAAUACAAAGGAGGGGACUUGGAAGUGAUACAUGAGACUUCAGCUUUUGUUGGUGAGACAGUGCAGCACAACCAAGAUCUCAUGCUUCCUCCAUAUCCAACCCAUCUUGGUAAUGGCUACUUAUAUCCCAUCCCUUCUGGACACAAGUCUGUGAGUAAUGGGCUAAUUGACGCCACGGCAAAUAAAGCUACAAAUGAACUUAAUGAAUCAGAAAGGAAACAACCGAAAUCAGAUUCCUGGAAGUCGAAGAAUGGAAUGGGAUCUUUCAUUAGGGUAGCUGCAAAAUCAGUUGUUACUAUUGUUGGCAUAGUAUCCAUACUCCACUUGACUGGCUUUAGACCCAAGUUUGCAAAGAAAGUUGCUGCUUUGAAGGUUUUUGACAUUUUUCGAAGGUCUGCAAGUGAAAAUAACGGAUUGCACAAUGAAUGUCCUCCUGGUAAAUUCCUUGUGAUGGAAGAUGGGGAAGCUCGAUGCGUAGUGAAAGAGAGAAUUGAAGUUCCAUUUUCUUCAGUCGUGGCUAAACCAGAUGUAAACUAUGGAAGCGGGUAACAGUUCAAUCCCAUGCUCUUGUGUGUUUUCUCUUCAACUAUGCUAACUUUUACUUUCUUCAAUAAUAAAAAAGAAAAGUUUUGGUUCACCUGGUUA